AUGCCUCCCAAGUUAGAUCCCAAUGAGGUGAAGAUCAUCCACCUUCGCGCCACUGGCGGUGAGGUCGGUUCUUCUGCAACCCUCGCUCCCAAGAUCGGUCCCCUGGGUCUGUCGCCCAAGAAGGUCGGUGAAGACAUCGCAAAGGCCACCGGUGACUGGAAAGGUCUGCGCGUGACCAUCAAGCUCACCAUUCAAAACCGACAAGCUGCCGUGUCGGUUGUGCCGUCCGCUUCCUCCCUCGUCAUCCGCGCACUCAAGGAGCCGCCGCGUGACCGCAAGAAGGAGAAGAACAUUAAGCACAACAAGUCGAUCCCCUUCGACGAGAUUGUUGACAUUGCCCGCACCAUGCGCGCCGCCAACAAGUCGUUCGCCCGUGAGCUCAAGGGAACGGUGUUGGAAAUCCUCGGUACCGCUUUCAGCAUUGGCUGCCAGGUUGACGGCCGCUCGCCCAAGGAGAUCAGCGAUGAGAUCAAGGAGGGCAACAUUGAGGUUCCUGAGGAAUAG